AUCGUAACCAAGAGGGUCGUCUUAUUAAAGACAUGCUGAACAAAGCGAAUGCUGAAAAAAGACUAAGAUAAAGACGUAUGUACACAAACAAAAAUCUCUGUUGAAAAUUCUACGGCUACCAAUUCUACUUAUUCUUCUAUGUUCUGAGGGCCAACUAACAAUGUAAUGAUCAUUCUGGCUCCCCCGUUUUAGACUUGUUAUUUAGUUUUAUUUUAUUUUAGACAUUAAUUGCCCUUUUUUAGCGACUUAUGUCAUUUUUCUGCACUGAAAUUAACUUUAAAAAGAAACUGUUCACUACUCAGACCAGCCUCCGCGGGUUUGAAUCAUGAAGACAUGCAUGGUGAAGGAUGCUGACUGAUUGCUCAAACAAAAAUAUAAAAAAAACUACCACCAUACAAAGUGACAUGGCCACGGUUGAAUGAAUCGUCAAAUCGGCAUGUACCGAACUUUGUCAUGAACAUUGGCAUUCAGUCAGAAACACUGAAGAGCUUUCGCGAAGGGAAACAAGGAGGCUAUACCUUCCAACAAUACUGUGCAUUUAAAAGAAAAACAACAAUUUGUACAUGUGUUUCCCAAUCGUGGAUUAAAAUGAAAUUACGGAUGCUCUAAAAUCACUUUGAUAAAUGCAUUCUAACUCUCGUGUAUAUUUUGCUGCUGGUAUGGCUGCUUCCAUUCACAACCGCCCCCUUCCCCCAUCCAUACUCAAGAUGCUUAAAUGUACUCAGUGAAAAAACAACUGUCAAGCAGCUAGCGUCACGCGUGACGGCUGAACUCAGGUAAAAAAGUUGAAUUUAUCAGAGGCGACCAUUUUAUAAAUCAAUACAGAGCCACGGACAUGAUGUAGGACUGCCUGUAGGACUCAUGCUUAAAGGUAGGAAGGUAGGGUCUGUUGGACUGUCUGCAGGCCUAAUGUUUAAAACCUGGCAUAUAUUUUAGAAAAUUUGAAGCUCAAUCUUUUUGGUAACAGUUGAACCCAACAGGUAUUUUCUCAAAACGCCGGCACCCAGUUCAAAAGCCGGUACCCAGUUCAACCCUCAUUAAAAUAAUUGCUAGACCACAAAUGCCAGCAGCGACCUCGGGAAGACUGUUUGAAUAAUUUGAACAUUUGAGCUUUUAACAAUAAACAAUCUUUAAUAUUGGUCAGAAAAAAAAGAGUGCUGUCAAUUUUUAAGUUUAGGCCACGGCUUAUUUUUUUUUUUAAAACUAAAAUAUUUGACGCCCCAAGAGGUUUCUCUUUCACUAAUAACUGUGCUCAAGAACUCCUUUAAGGGGCAAAGAACUGCAUAUACUAAAAUGCCUGUCUUUUUCCUCAGGUUGUCCCUCUUGGCGUUAGUUUUAUUCGACCAACGGGACAUCUUAGUAUUUGAAGAUUACGCUUGAAUGCUCAGAAUUCUUGAGUUUAGAAUCCCAGCUCUUUGGGACGGAUUACGUCAUCGAUUUAGAUAAUUUACACUUAUUACACAUUUCUUGUGAAUUCAACUCCAGUCUUUCAUUGUUAUUUUCAAAAGACGUGAUCCUCUGGAGAAAAAAAUCUUUGUUUUAAGCGAUGGUUUGAAUUUAGACAAACAGCACAAGAAAAAUUUUAUCAGAUACAACUGCUAUUUUAGUUAAUUGAUUACAGUAGAACCUGGUUAUGUGGACGGCCUCUGGGUUUGCCAAAAAGCGUCGAGAUAACCGAUGAUCGAGAUAAACGAAAAACAAUAUGGCGGCAAUAUAUUCAUAUGUGCUUGAAAUUUCUUUAUCCACAGUAGUAGUACGCGAUGUGCGUUUUCAAAUGGGAAGGUACAUGGAAGUGUUUUUUUGUGUUGUUUUUUUCUUUUACACAACAGCGUUACCGCGAUUUGUUCGAUGAAGCGAUCGGCAGGCUAUACAAAUGUAGAUACAUAUUUGCUAACAACACAAGGCUUAUGUUCGGGGAGCCACCUUUCCGGAUUAUUCCGGAUUCGUGAGGCUAUUUAUUUUUCAGCUCCGGAUUCGCGAGUUUUUAUUUUAUCUCGCUNGUUUUUUUUUCCCCCCCCCCCCCCCCCCUUUUUCGGAUUAGCCAUUUCAGUUUACUCAAAUACGGAUUCUUGUUUAAACAUUUUUUUUUAAAAUCAACGUGUGAGAACGUCUAUUAAGCGACAAGUGGGUUCGCCAUGAAUAGAACAGGUUCUGCGACCGCUCUCUUUUGCUUGCAAUCCUCACGCUCCUCGCUUCUUGCUGAGUCAAGUUAAUUGCGCGGUUAACGACAGUGUCAUUUCAUUUCACUUACUAUGGUUUGAAGUAGGCACGUUUCUGUUGUAUAUAAUUUACAAAAGCAGGCGAUUGGUCAGGGGGAUCGAGAUAACCGAAAUUCAGUGGCAAAUUUGACCGCCUUUUGUUGAUCGAGAUAUCCGUUUUCGGCGACAUAAAAUAAUCGACAUAACCAAAAGAGACACUUUGGUGGUUCCACUUCAAAAACGUCGACAUAACAGGGUUGGCGAGUUAACCAAGGUCGAGAUAAGUGGGCUCGACUGUAUUUUGCAAAUUUCUGUUUUGUCAAAUUGUGAUGUCCCAAGCUUUGCAUCUUUGUCUUUCAGAGACGUCUAAGGAGAAGAGCCAACAAAGUUGUAACGGUAACAACCAAUUUGUAUUGCAGUCAACUCUGUAUGAUGGUGAUGGCUUGUUAAAUGUGACAGAUGAAAAUAUACGGGGCCUAUUUUGUUUUGAGUAUACUUCUUGGGGAUGUGCUUCUGGUCGAAUCUCCAGAACCGAUUAAUCUGGAAAAAGACAGUAAGUUGCUAUAGAAAAAUGCAUUGAACUAGGAUUAUUUGCUGUAAUAAAUUACUAAUCGUUUUGUAUUUUAAUGAGAGUAAGGAGAGAGAGGGAGAGACUUCAAUCAGGUGAAUUAGAAAGAAACAUGCGAAAAGAGGUAUGGGUAAAUCUGAAAAGAGGACGCAACAGAACAUCGGACGUAUCGGCAAGAAGCCUUCUUUGGCGAAUAAACAACGGAUGAAAAAAGAAUAUUAAAAGUAAAUUUAAAAAAAAAAACGGGCUGAAAUGGUGUAUCCCAGAGGACAAAAACUGGGAACGUAGGCCGCUGUAUAUGGACGUCUGCAUGUGUGUUUUGUGUUAAUGUGAUCAUAUUUGCUUUCACACUAACGCGCUAUUGCUCAGCAAAUCAGGUCCAUCGUUGAAACUGGUGUAGUCUGAGGUGAACGCUGUAGCGCCACUGAUGAUGAUGAUCAGUCCUCUGAAUGUCCUCAUGUGGUCUAGUCUCAUCUGAGUGGCAUGCCAAUAUAUAUCGCUGUUUUAUUCUAUUCCCACUGUAGAGUCUUGAUUCUUUCGACUUGUUGUAGACAAAAGAGUUGAAAUCGUAAAAAAAAAAUUAAAUAAACCAGUCGAUCAUCUCACAAGUCUUAUCAAAUUGGCCGUUUUGGUAGUUCAGAUGGAGCUGGUAGCGAAUGUACAAUCCGGGGUCAUUAGUGGGUAAUCUCAGACCCUCACCAGAAUAUGUGUGUCAGUUAGUAGUUCAGUGUAAAUACAUCGUUUCACUGCCUAUCAACGUCCUUAAUCAAAUUCUCCUCAGACAUAUAUGACUUGAACAGGAUUUGCGCUCAAGUUGCAACUGUGAAAAAUUACAUGGACAUCCACAUCAACAACUUGAAAGGAUCGCGAGCGUGCAAUGUGACCCUGGAAGCCGACGAGAAGAAGAGUACGCUGAAGGCGUAUUUCAAGAAAUACAAGGCUGGUGACGCAUGUUCGGGUGCCGUCAAUCUUUACGACUCCAGGAACUUUGCACAAUUGGGUGAACUUGUAUUAGCUUAAUGAUUUAUUUAAAUGUGAUAAUUUUGAUGGAUCACAGCAUAUUUCCUAAACCUCUUGCCCCAUAGGAUGGAUCCACCUUUGAACGCAUUGCAAAGAUCUGCUCUCGACGCGGAGGCGGUCAGAUCUGAGUAGUUGGAGACACUCCGUUGUACCACACCACUCCAUUACACAACAACGACCAGACCUUUUCACACGCCAGAUAUUUUUUUAUGUUUUCAUUAAUUUCCCCAAGCAAUUUUAAUUACGUUGUGAGCCUGUUUUUUUUUUUUUUUUUUUUUUUUUUUUUUUUUUUUUUUUUUUUUUUUUUUUUUUUUCUUUUUUUUUUUUUUUUUUUUUUUGGGCUUUUUUUUUUUUUUUUUUUUUUUUUUUUUUUUUUUGUUUUAAAAUGUCGGAUCUCAUCAUCAUCAUGUCUUUUAUUGUUAUGCUUAUCUCUGUGACAUUCUUUCUUUGGUCAAACAACUGUAAUCUUCUAGGAUUUCUGGCUAAUCCAAAGUCAAGUGUUGGGAUUCCGUUUUAGUUUAUAGUUCCCAAGUUAAGUAUCCUUAACUCAUUGGUCAAGGAUGGUAUUCAAUAGCUUUCCUAUCAUCUUUUUUAUUCAAAAAAAAAAAAAAAAAAAAAAAAAAAAAAAAAAAAAACAAAAAAAAAAAAAAAAAAAAAAAAAAAAAAAAAAAAAAAAAAAAAAAAAAAAAAAAAAAAAAAAAAAAAAAAAUUUUCCUAACACUUUUUUUAUUAAAAAAAAAAAAAAAAAAAAAAAAAGGCAACGAAGGCUACUGCAAGAGUGAGGCACCAAAGGGGCACUAUGAGUUGGGCACAUCGGGCACCUUGAGCGUUGCAAAAGGGGACAGCAGCAUCGAUGCCGUCAUAAGAGUGGUUGAGUACUACAUAAAGGAUAAGGGUAAAUAACGUAUUCAUAACCUAAAAUCGUCAUUGUCACGUAAUAACGACAUUUCCAACAAAUAACACGACAUUAACUUAAUAACGUCAUUGUGUCCAAAUAACGUCAUUAUCACUAAAUAACAUCACUGUCACCAAAUAACGACAUUAUCACUAAAUAACUUCACUGUCACCAAUUAACGUCAUUGUCACCAAUUAAUGUCAUUGUCACCAAUUAAUGUCAUUGUCACCAAUUAACGUCAUUGUCACCAAAUAACGUCAUUGUCACCAAAUAACGUCAUUGUCACCAAUAAACGUCAUUGUCACCAAUUAAUGUCAUUGUCACCAAUUAACGUCAUUUUCACCAAAUAAAGUCAUACUCACUACAAUACGUCAUUGUUCCGUCUCAAACACAUUGAAUGAUUUACGAUGUGUUCAAGACUAGCUAGAAUGAUAUUUUCCAAGGAUUGUGUAAUUGGGGGGGGGGGGAAUACAAUACUUCCCAUGUUUGGUAGUUUAUUAGGGGCGGUAGCACAGUCUGAACUAAGGAUAGGACCAGCUGACAAGAGGGCGGGAACAGCUUACGACAUGGUAGGACCAGCUGACAAGAAGGUAGGACUAGCUGACAAGAAGGUUGGACGGGCUGACAAAAUGGUAGGGCAAGCUUACAAGAGGGUAGGAUCAGCUGACAGGAGGGUAGGCUCAGCUGACAAGAGGGUAGCAUCAACUGUCAAGAGGUUAGGGCCGGCUGGCAAGAGGGUAGGAUCAGCUGACAAGAGGGUAGGACAAUUUGAGCAAAGGAUAGGACAAACAGACACGAUGGUAGGAUCAGCUGACAAGAGGGUAGGCCAACCUGCACUAAGUGUAUGACCAGCUGACGAUAGGGUAGGCCAACCUGCACUAAGGGUAUGACCAGCUGACAAGAGGGUAGGACAACCUGCACUAAGGGUGUGACCAGCUGACAAGAGGGUAGGACAGCCUGCACUAAGGGUAUGACCAGCUGACGAUAGGGUAGGCCAACCUGCACUAAGGGUAUGACCAGCUGACGAUAGGGUAGGCCAACCUGCACUUAGGGUAUGACCAGCUGACGAUAGGGUAGGCCAACCUGCACUAAGGGUAUGACCAGCUGACGAUAGGGUAGGCCAACCUGCACUAAGGGUAUGACCAGCUGACGAUAGGGUAGUUACCGCUGACCAAAGGUUAGGUCCAUCUAACCACAGAUUAGGACCACCUAACCGCAUGGCAGGACCAUAAGGCUACAUACAUUGUGUGAUAACAAAAUCGGAUAAACGUGGAACAAGCUAAGAAGCAAAGAGUGCCAUAUACCCAGGCUUAGAAGCCACGAGGGCCUUAUGCCCAGGCUUAGAAGCCACGAGUGCCUUAUACCGGGGCUUAGACGCCACGAGUGCCUUAUGCUUAGGCUCAAAAUCCACGAGUGCCUUAGGCCCAGGCUUAGAAGCCACGCGUGCCUUAGGCCCAGGCUUAGAAGCCACGAGUGCCUUAUGCCCAAGCUUAGAAGCCACGAGUGUCUUAUGCCCUAGUCUUGAAGGGGUAAUAUCACUUAUAAGAUAACAUUAAAAGAAAUAUAACUGAAAAAAAAAAAAAAUUUUGAACGGGAAACAAAGAACAAAUGAGAACUUUUAAACAUGACUUAUUCAAGACAAUCUCUGUGUAAAAAAUAUGUCUUAUCUGAGACAAUCUCUGUGUAAAAAAAGUCUCAGAUAUUUAUCUGAGACAAUCUCUGUGUACUGUCCUCCUCAUAACUCUAUUUUAGUGGCCUUUGGAGAAGUUUAUCAAUUAAUUGUAAGAAACACAGUUCAAUAUCUACAAAUUUCCAGAAUACCUGUUUAACAUUAUUGCGUUAGAUUAAAGUACCCAGAAUUCUGGUCCAACCAUCGGAGUAGAUACAACGAUGUGAACCUUGCUUUCACUCUGAGGGCACCUUGCAAUGAUCUUAACUUUUCUCUCGUCCAGAGUGCCCUGAAGGGAAAUUCGACUGCCAAGAAAAGAACCUCUGCAUCGCCAAAAGCAUCGCCUGCGAUAAAAGUGCAGACUGCCCGAACUCGAAGGACGAGGGCGACGAAUGCCCCAUAAUCAACUGGCGGCCCCUUUACACGCUGAUCGUGUUUGUCGGGAUAGUGCUCGCCUUCUGCGUGUGCGCCAUGGUCGUGUGGGAGGAGACCAGCCGGAAGAAGCGUGGGAAUCGUCCUUUGCCGCCGCCAGAGCCGCAGACGAUCGCGCCCGGCCGGUUUGACGGCGCUUACACGGAACACUUUGGAGUGCCGGAAAAGCAGCCGGAUACAGAGCCGACUGCUUAUUCACCGAUCCGCAGCAGCCCUGCUCAAAUUCCCGCCACAACCACGAGUCCAGUGUAGCGCCGGCGUCUCUUUAAGUAGCCCCAAGUACUGCUUCAGUGAUACAAUGGGGACUCUCAUUCAUCCAAUCCGAAUACUGUCAUAAAUUAGUCAUGGCUACUGUAAGUAGCCAAAUCCAAGUACUGGCAGAGAUGCUGUACAGUCUUCUCUCAAAUUCCUAUCAAAUUUUUCUACCACAACUCUGUUUGAAUGAUAGCCUAAGGUUCAUAAGAUAUUAAAUGCUGCUCAAUGAAAUCUCCGCCAGAUGCCCUUUUAAGAACGCAACUUAAAAUAAUCAUCGCAGAGAUUAACCUCAUUCAUCAAUACUAUAGUUUUAAAAUGCAUAUUUCAACUGAUUGAAAUAAGAAAUAAAAUAAUAAAAGUGAGUAUUUUGUUAUAACAAAGAAUUCACACAUCCUUUAGAUCAGUGGUUCUCAACCUUCCUAAUGCCCGAACCCUUUAAUUAAGUUCCUCAUGUUGUGGUGACCCCCC